ACCGUUUGUUCAGAAAACAGUUUUUUUUAGUUACAGAUAAUUGGAAUUGUGAAUAUUGUGAGUCUAUGUAAAAAUCCAUGCUAGUCCAACAAUAUUUAGCAAAAUGUUAUAGCAACGUGCUUAACCAUUUUAUAUGAACAUUCAUUUUUUAAUUGAGUUGCGCGCGCAUGCAUCUACGGGGUUUCCUUUCUCAUUAUCAGCCUCGCCACGUUUUCUGGCUGCCAUUUUGGACUUGGAGCGGGGAGAAACAUUUUCAGGAUUAUGGAAAUACUUGCCUGAUGGCUUUACUACUGCAAGUUGUCAUUUCUUCAACUGAUGCCCGACUUCAGCUUUUUGAAGUGCCACAGUCUGUCGAGUCCCUUAUUAGUAUUCUGAAGGAGAAACUGCAGUUACAAGGACAGUUCAUCUUGCAAUUUCAGGACCCUGAUUUUGGGAAUGCCCUUUGCAGCCUGACUGACAUCUCGGAACUGAUGCAGUCUUGCAUAUUCCCGGAACAUCCAUGCAACCACACGGAUGCUUCACUUGAAGAACAAAGACUUUUAUUGAUUGAUGAAACAAAAAAGGCAAGAAGCAACAUGGUGGUCAUACGUGAAAAAAUGGGAUUAACUUUUUCCCUGAGGAGAAAAGAAGUGGUAGAAGAUCAACCAAUAGUUGUAGACGUGCAGCAGAGGUGGCCUGCACUUUUUCUCCAGGAACAGAUUGCUGAGGAAUUCUUCAGAAUCACGAAUAAAGUCCUUCUUGAUGUCUUCAGGGCAGCAAUGGACCGAUUUACACCAAAGCUCUUGAAAGUAUACAGAGCUCGAAAAACUGCAUUUGGAGAGGAUAUGGAACAGCUCCUAGAAAGACUUGAUGAAAGGAUGACAGAUAUUCUCAAAACAGAUAUUGUUAAUCACAGAAGGACUACUGCUUUGAAAGGCCUGCCUUUGUUUCUUCGAGAGGACCUAAACAAGCUGUUCAAGACAUGCAAAGACACCGAAGAUGGGGCAAAAGCAGUGUCUAUUGGCAUUCUGUGUGUUUUGGAAGAUGAGACCCAGGGACCAUCACCCGAGGUUGUAAACAUUGCUGUUGUGUUGGAGCAGGUCGUCGUUUUGAAAGAUCUCCCAGAUAUUUCUACUGCUCUUGCAUACCUUUUUGGCCUUCUGUAUGCAUUAAACAUGUCCUAUCCUCAAGCUUUUAAGUACACUUUUGACACCAUUCAGAAUGUUUUCAUGGAGCUGGGAUCUGGAUGCACCAAACGUGUACUUUCUCUGAAGAACAAACUGUUGUAAAGAAAAUCAGAAUCUGGAUUCUUUUUGAUGUUCAUUUGUUAUCAGACCUAAAGUGCGCUUGGAUACAAGGUCUGGGGAUUCUUAGUUGGCAUCUCUAUUUCUUUUUACAGAUGUCAAACUGUUCCAAAUGCACCAAACGUGUGCUUUCUCUGAAGAACAAACUGUUGUAAAGAAAAUCAGAACAGUGUUUUGGGAUCCUUUUUGGCUUUCAUUUGUAAAUAGACCUAAAGUGCAGCUUGGAUACAACGUGAUUCUUUUAGGUGGCAUCUCUUUUGCUUGUCAUAAGAUGUCAGACUGUUCUUAUUGGGGUGGUUUCCCGGACAGGGAUUAGACUAUUCCUAGUCUAAAACAUUUUUAAGAGCUGUCCAAACUAAAAACAACUUGCACUUACAUAUCUUAAAAUACAUCAGUGCCCUUUGUUUUGCCUCAAAAUGCACACAGGUAAUGUUUUAAGUAAGGCAUGUUUGUUAAAACUAGUUAUAUUUCCUAAUUAAACUAAGGCCAAGUCCUGGAUUAAGCUAAUCCCUUUCCGGGAAACUGCCCCAAAGUGUUUAUAAUUGUAAUUUUGUAUUACAUAAUACCAUACCAGGUUAGUGGUUGCAGUAAGCAUGUCUGCUCUUAUAACUGGUUGUUAAAAAUUGAAAUUGUUAAGGGGAUAGUUUAUACAAAAAUGAAAAUUGUCACUUUUUUGGCACUCAUUUUUUUUUUUUACAAAUGUCUUCAUUUUGAGGAACAGGAAGAAAGAUGCUUUGAGGAAUGUUUGUAACAAAACCGUUCAUGAGCCUCAUUCAUUUUCAUAGUAGGAAAAAAUAAUACUUUAGAAAUGAAUGGGGCUCAUGAUCUGUUUUGUUACAAACAUUCCUCAAAAUAUCUUAUGUUCAUCAAAUCAAAUACAUUUAUACAGGUUUGUAACAACAUGGGAGUAAGAAAAUGACACAAUUUUCAUUUUUUGGUGAACUAUCCUUUUAAAUAAGUGUUUUAAAUGUGGUAAUUUGAAAAGGUUUAGAUUAUAGAACAUGUCAAGACAUUAAAAACAUUUUAUUGUUGGAUAAAAACAAAAAUCCUUAAUUGAUACAAGUUUUAUGCUGUUACAGUUAAGUGAUUGUCUGUAUGCUUCGUGUAUGCAAAAUUUAAGUUCCUACUGAAGAUGGAAUCUAGACUUUUUAAAGUGCAGCUGCUGUGUCACAACUUUAAAAAAAAGUUAAAUGUUGUGAAGAGUUUGGGGUUGUGUAGCAUCUUAUUUCUAAUUGAAAUAAAUUAUGCUAAAAAGAA